CCCCCCUCCCCAGUCCCCCCUGUAGCAUAGCCACCACCAGUGCUCCUCGCCGCGGCAGCUACACCACCACCUGAGGCCUUCCUCGCCGAUCGCCGCAACCUCGCCUAGCCUCCGACCCCCUCCCGUGAGGCUCCGAGCAUGAGGUUUCCCAGCGCGGGCGGCGGCGGGAGCGGGGACGCGGGGUUCGUGCGGGCGGACCAGAUCGACCUCAAGAGCCUCGACGAGCAGCUGGAGCGCCACCUCAGCCGCCACGAGCGGACCGAGCCACCCCCGCCGCAGCCCGGGAGCCGCCGCGGCGAGUCCACGAGGCCAGGGGACGCGCAGCCGGCCCCGGCGCAGCAGCCGCGCCGGCGCCGGGAGGACUGGGAGGUUGACCCCGCCAAGCUCGUCAUCAAAGGCGUCAUCGCCCGCGGCACCUUCGGCACCGUCCACCGCGGCGUCUACGAUGGCCAGGACGUCGCCGUAAAAUUGCUUGACUGGGGGGAGGAUGGUCAUAGAUCAGAACAAGAAAUUACUGCACUAAGAUCAGCAUUCGCACAAGAGGUUGCUGUCUGGCAUAAGCUUGAUCAUCCAAACGUUACUAAGUUUAUUGGGGCUAUAAUGGGUGCAAGAGAUCUGAAUGUACAGACAGAACAUGGGCAUCUUGGGAUGCCGAGUAAUAUUUGCUGCGUUGUGGUUGAGUACCUUGCUGGUGGUGCACUGAAAAAUUUCCUGAUAAAGAACAGGAGAAGGAAGUUAGCGUUUAAAGUUGUGGUCCAACUAGCUCUUGACCUUGCUAGGGGAUUGAGCUAUCUUCAUUCCGAGAAGAUAGUGCAUCGUGAUGUCAAGACUGAAAACAUGCUUCUGGACAAAACAAGGACAGUGAAAAUUGCUGAUUUUGGUGUUGCUCGAGUUGAGGCUUCAAAUCCUAGUGAUAUGACAGGUGAAACAGGCACACUUGGUUACAUGGCACCUGAGGUUCUCAAUGGUCAUCCUUACAACAGGAAAUGUGAUGUUUACAGCUUUGGAAUCUGUUUAUGGGAGAUAUACUGCUGCGACAUGCCAUAUCCUGAUCUGAGCUUCUCAGAAGUAACUUCUGCUGUCGUUCGCCAGAACUUGAGGCCUGAGAUACCGCGCUGUUGUCCAAGCGCUUUGGCGAACGUGAUGAAGCGCUGCUGGGAUGCCAACCCCGACAAGCGGCCGGAGAUGGCCGAAGUGGUGUCCUUGAUAGAGGCGAUCGACACGUCCAAGGGCGGCGGCAUGGUCCCAAUAGAUCAGUCGCAGGGAUGCUUCAACUGCUUCCGUCAGCACCGAGGCCCCUGACGCUGACACUUUGAUUUUGAUCUCAUGGCUCUGCCCGAUCAAUCCAUCUCGCUAGAUCUCAGUGUAAUCUAAUCACACCGUCGUGGUAAAUGGAGAAGUUCUAUGAUGUAAAUGCCUGCUUCAUCUCAUCCUUGUAUGCUUUUCUGCUAAUCCUAAUGCUUGAAAUGCGGUAGGAUCAAGCUUCAGAGUUUAGUGUAAGUCUGCCAGGGCUGUUCACGGGUUUUACAGUCUCAUGCUCAUGAUGUGGACUUCUCAUUGUACUAUUGCAGUUUAUGUCUUUACAGAAUGUGAAUAAAGAACAUAAUUCAAGAUGUAUUGUUGUAGCACUCGGAUUUCAUUCGAACCGAGCUCAA